ACUAGUUGGCCAGAAUUCAUUUCAGUCCUGAAAAUUUUUAUUCAUUUAUUUUUCUUCUCAAUCAAUUAAUUUAGAAAGAGACUUCACAUGUGAGCAGGCUCGGAAUCUGGAGAUUCAUCAACACUUCACUUUUUGAUUCAAAACCCAUCUCUUGGAUUUAAUUCAAACUGAACAAACCAACCAUCUCACUGUAGAUUAUCUUCAUAAGCUCAUGUGGGUUGUCGCCAGUAAUUCAGAAUCGUUUCCUAAAGCAACCCAAAACUAAUAUUAAGACCACCAUUAAACCAGACUGAGUCUUCCUCCUAAGCUCAUCAGAAGGAAGCCAUAGCCAUCAGCAUUCUCUUCUGAUCAUGACACAAUCUUGAAACCCAAAAUUGGAUUUUUCUUCGGGCGCCGACCUUGCACUGGUUUUCUAGGGGCAUUUAUGACAAUAGACAGUUCUUUUUCCCUUGAUUUAUAUAGAGAGAGGACGGGAAAGAGGGAAACGCAGGCAGAGGCUGAGGAAGGAAGGCCAUGGGAUCUUCUUCAAAGCCACUUUUCUUCUUUCCGAUCACGGCCUUCCUUGUAGUCAUAUUCUUGCUCUUGAAUUGUUCUUCUUCUACGGGGGCAGCUUCACUAUUAGCAGAAGAGAGUGGGGAUAGAGGAAGUCAAGGAGGACGAAGCGGUGAAGCAACAAGAGGACGCCUAUUGCAGCUGAGUUUCAGAGAAACCCCGGAGGGGACUAACGCUACUUUUGAUUGUGCUCCAUCUGGGCCCUGUGUUUCCUGCCUCUACUCCGAAAAGAGUGAUGAGAAGUACCACUGCAGUGAGACUGGCUAUCGCAUCCCAUUCAAAUGUAUUGAAAAUCAACAUGGUUCAAAAGUGGCAGAGAACACAAAAUCCAAGAAAACCCGAUCUCUUCUGGUGAACUCCUACAAUGAAAAGGAAACGCAUGAAAUUGUGCAGGAUGCAGAUGAACGUAGUUCUUCAAUAAUCUAUAGAAGAUAUUUGGAUGACUCAUCCACGUCAGAGGGUGGGAAACAAGCUUAUAUUACUUACAGGAGCUGUAAACCAGCAUUGGAUGAAGAAAGGUUGUCAGUGCUUGGUUUUGAGGGGAUUAUGUUGUGUUUGUUGUUUGUUAGUGGUUCAUCUGUAUACAUCAGACGUAAACGGACUGCUGCCAUUUCUGCUGCUGGACCAGUUAGAAUACAAAGCAACUCUAGAUUCUGAGUCAAUAGACAGAAUCUUUUCAGGCAGGCAUCCUCUUGCAAAGCCAUUUGUCGUGAAAGAAUUUACCAAGGAAUGAUGUCUAAAGCAUCGUCAUGGAAGAUGAUGUAACUGUGUGUGGUUCUUUUAGCUUUCUUCAUCCAUCUCAGUAUACAUUCACUGUCUUGGCGCAGAACCUUUGCCUUCAAUUUUUUUUAUUCUGUAUUUUUGCAUAUUUUUUAGUUCUUGCUUCAAGAAAGGCAUAUGUUUACUUGGAUGCUUUCUGUCUAAGCCAACAAAUAAGAAGUGCUCUAUGGUACUGUUCUGGUAGGUCUCAAA